AUUUAUAUAACGUUAUUAAACCUGUGUAAACCUGCUGUAAGCGGGCAGCAGCGCAGAGUCGGAUUAGCGUUGCUUUAAGAGAAGAAUGAUGGAAAAUACGCCGCAAAACUCAGAAUAUCUGUAGUUUACGCACAUUUACUCUAAAUUAGGUCCCGAGCAGUGAGUGUAAACUGAUGUACUAGCUGAAUAAAUAACUAGCUUAUAAAAGCGUUUGCGCUACAGAUGCUAUAGCUAAUUAGCUUCGCUAAAAGACGCGCUAAUGCCGGUUUAUAGCGCGAGCCUGCCCACUUCACAUCAUUCCGUUAUAUCAGAGAAUUACUGUAAGCGCUAGAGGGCGCCCGCGAGUGAGUCUUUAAUAAAUGGGGGCUAAUGGAGCUAAACGACUUAAAGUCUAAUUACAAAUAGUGUCUAACUUCUUGUCUUGGAUAUUCCUUUAAAUUUGGAAAGAAGACUUGAGAUUUUCGAUAAAUAAGUAAAGAAAACUUACAUGUGUAUUUCCAUUUUACUUAAACAAACGAUUUUAGGACACAUAUGCGCUAGCGUUUCUGCUACACGGUGUGCGGAUUUGUUUGUGAGAGGAUGCCGAUAGAGAGUUAUUCACAGCCAGAGCAAAGAACACGUUUAGAGGCUUAUAACUGCAGUUUAAAAUAUUUAAUAAUGAUGUCUGCGCUGCUGAAACAUCUGAUAUAUAGUUCUGUGUUGCUUGAUUAAACAUUUAUAAACUGAUUUUGCUCAUUUGCUCCGUAUGAACACAUUCAUUUUGGUCUCUUUCGGUCGCGCCCUCUAGUGGUCACACGAACACGGAAGUCAGCGGUGAGUGGGUGUUCUCCUCUGUGGAGACUCUCUGGAUGCGCGGAUAUUCUGUAUGUACUGUGUAAACACAGCAUGUGUGUUAGCCUGGGCUGUAUGUUGUAGCUUUACAUUAGCCCGUAAAUUAAGCCCCUGCAGAAUAUGCUCAAAUAAACACAGUAAACCCAGAUUAAUCCGGUUUAGAGUGAUGUACACAGAUAAAUAGUGAGAAUAAGCUAAUACAACCUUCUAUUACACGUUUACAGGCUGUGUAUUAAUACAUGUUUAUGGUAUAGAUUAGCAUGUAAUUCGGUUAGCUAACCUAGCUAAUAUAGUUAACUCAGCCUAGCUGUUUAUAUUAAGGAAUAAUACAGUCGUCCAGGGUUAGUCCAACACGAAACUAAAUCCUGUUCUGGAAGCUGCACACACCUGUCCAGGUCAGAGUCUCAUAAUAAGAAAGCAUGAGCAUGGAGGCUGGAGCAGAGACUGGAGGAGAGACUGGAGGAGAGUGUGAGGCAUCUGUAGACUCAGAGUCUGCAGCCUUAUGCUCCCAGAACCCAGGACCCUGUGUCAGUUUCUACAACGUCCGCUACUGUGUGAAAGAGCGUGCAGGAUUGUUCAGCUUCAAAUGGGUGGAGAAGGAGAUCCUCAAAGACGUCAGUGGUAUUAUGAACUCUGGGAUGAAUGCCAUCAUGGGCCCUACAGGUAGUGGAAAAACCUCACUUCUGGAUGUGAUUGCAGGUAGGAAAGAUCCUCGGGGCUUGAAAUCAGGAAAGGUUCUGGUGGACAAUGCGCUUGUGACCUCCAGCCUCAGACUCUCCUCUGCUUACGUUGUUCAGAAUGAUGUUUUGAUGGGCACUCUUACUGUAAGAGAAAACCUCGCUUUCUCCGCCAACCUCCGGCUCUCACUAGCAGAGUACAGCUCCUCGGACAAAGCCAUGAAGGUUGAGUCUGUCAUAAAGGAACUGGGUUUGACUGACUGUGCUAACACCAAGAUUGGGACAGAGUUUUUGAGGGGUGUGUCUGGUGGAGAGAGGAAAAGGUGUAGUAUUGGCAUGGAGCUCAUCACCUCUCCCUCUCUGCUGUUCCUGGAUGAGCCAACAACGGGCCUAGACUCCAACACUGCUAAUGCAAUCAUCGAUCUGCUACAUAGACUCUCCAGGAGUGGGAAGACCAUCAUCUUCUCUAUUCACCAGCCUCGCUACUCCAUCUACCGACAGUUUGACCAUCUCACACUGAUGAACAAGGGGGAGAUCAUUUACGCUGGAUCUGCAGACAAAGCCUUAACCUACUUUGAAGAAAUAGGUUACAAAUGUGAGCCGUUCAAUAACCCAGCAGACUUCUUUCUUGACAUCACCAAUGAAGCCUUCUCUCUUCAAGCUAAUUCUUCCAAUUCUGACAAAGCAGAGGACAUAAAUGGUUGUGAGCUGAUGUUAGUGAGUGAGAAUGCUCUGGCUGUGAAGUACAGGCAGUCCCCUCAGUGCUGCAGCGUUAUCCAGCAGCUGCAGGAACUGACAGAGGGGAUAAAACCUGAAGACAAACCAGACAGUGACCAGGCCAGCUAUCCUACAACCUUCUGUUACCAGCUCAUGCUGGUUAGCACUCGCACUGUGAAGAACAUCUUGAGGAAUCCUCAGACCUCUUAUGCUCAGCUGUUCCUCAACAUCUUUUUUGGCAUUCUGGUUGGACUGAUCUACUAUCAGAUUCCUCAUACAUUACCAGAGGCUCUACAGAACAGGACUGGAGCGUUCUUUUUCCUGACCAUCAACAUGGUGUUUGGGAACCUUUCUGCAGUCGAGCUCUUCAUCAGUGAGAGGGUGCUCUUUAUUCAUGAGACUUCUAGUGGCUACUAUCGCACGUCUGCGUACUUCCUGUCUAAAGUUUUCGCUGACCUCCUUCCAAACCGCAUUCUUCCAGUCUUCGUCUUCUCUGCCAUCCCUUACUUCAUGAUGGCCCUUAAGCCUGAGGUAGAAGCGUUUUUCCUGUACUGUGUGACUAUGAGUAUGAUCAGUCUGUCAGCAGUGAGUCUGGCUUUUCUUGUCAGUGCCAGCGUGGGCUCCUUUGCCAUGGCUAAUAUUCUCAUCGCCCUGCCCUUUGUUUUCAUGAUGGUGUUUGGAGGAUUCCUGGUGAACCUGAACUCCAUGCUCAGCUGGAUGUCGUGGCUGAAGUGGAUCAGUAUAUUCCGCUAUGGCUUUAAUGCGCUGGCCAUCAACGAACUUAAAGGUCAGGAGUUCACAAGCAACUACACCAGAAUGACAGGUGAAAUGUAUCUGGACAAUCAGGAGAUCGACUACAGCACCUGGGGCUUCUGGCAGAACCAGGUGGCACUGAUGGGCAUCAUGUGUGUGUGCUUGCUGUUGGCCUACGUGCAGCUCCGAAGGAUCAGCCGACUGAAAUGAAGGCAGAAUGUUUUUGUGACACUGCUGACCAUGGACACACACAGAGGGAGGACUCCAGCUUUUCACCUGGACCUCAGAGGGCAAUGUGUAAUGUUAACAGUUAUGCUCAAGAUACAUAUUUGCGUAUUGCUGAACAUUUAGUGCAAUCGUGUUCUGUUUUGAGCCGUUUUGGACUUUUACAGUAAUGGCAUGUGAUAGAUAAUGGUUUUAUAUGUUUGUCCUUCAGAAGUCAGUUUGGGAUCAAAUCCAAAGAAUGUUUAUUUCAUCAUUUCAUCAAGACCAGGAGACUUGAAUCAGUGCCACACCAGGAAUGUCUUUUUCACAGGUAAAAAGUCAGUUUAGGAAAAGUGGAUUCAGAUUCUGUGAAUCCUAGGCUACGUUCACAUUACCAAGCUGAAGUGACCCAAAUGCCUUAAUGCAUUUUGCCUUAAUGUGGCACAGACCUGAUGUUUUUUAGGGAAGUGUGGACAUAUCAAAUCUGAUCUUUUCAAAUCAGAUUUGAGCCACUCUCAUAUGUGGCCCUAAAUCAGAUAAUUGUCUGAUUCAUGAGCAUGCAACAUGCAUGUAAAUGAUCAGACUGGAUUUUAUGGGUGUUGUUGCCUGAAUGCAUGUGCUUACUGCUGUUAUCAGCCAGGACCCAUGUCAUGCCAAAUUCUGAAUUCUGAAAUUCUCAAAAGAAAAA